UUGAUGACUUGACAGCACUAUUCUAUUAUAAUUUUAUUUUUUUACUGCAUGGAAAUAGGGUAAUCGUUCAUGUUUAGAUUUUUUAGAUUUCCCUUUAUAUAUUUUAUUAUUAAUUUCUGGGAUUACUACGGAUGCUAUGACAUUUGUUGAGGCGCUAAGCCUCAAUCAAAAUGGUUCUAAACGCCGCUGUGCAAAUGUUAAGAGAGGCAGAUGAGUUAAAACAGAAAAUAUUAAAAUUCAAUAGUGGAACUUCCAUGCUGCAAGAUAAAACAUUAUGGGCCACACAGCAGCAAUUGCAGAAGGUAUAUCAAAAAGUCUUGGUGCUAGAUCUGGACUAUGCUUUAGAGAAAAAAGUGGAGCAGGACCUUUGGAAUGUUGGCUUCAAACAACAGAUUGAGGCUUUGCAGGCGUUAUCAAAGGAUAGAAAGCAGAAUGCACUGCGAAGCGAAGCACAGGCGAUGCUGUCAUGGGUGUUGCAGGCGGCCGUAGGGUUUUACUUGUGCUUGUUGCAUCAAAUUUGCACUACCUUCAAAUUGGAUCUUCCAUUCAGACGGCGCGCGUCUCUGCUGGGUGCGGUGGAAGGCUGGGAGGCGAGCGCGGGCGCGGGCGCGGGCGGCGCGGGGGGAGCGGGCGCGGCGCGCUACGCGAGCCAGCACUGCCUCGUGCACCUCGGCGACCUGGCGCGCUACCGCCACCAGCUGCGCGUCGCGCACUCCUUCUACAGGCACGCGCUGGCCGUGUCCGUGCACUCGGGACAACCCUACAACCAGCUGGCGUUGGUGGCGUGGCGGCGCGGGCGGCGGCUGGCGGCGGUGUACUGGCACGUGCGCUCGCUGCUGGUGCGCGCGCCCUUCCCCCCGGCGCCCGCCAACCUUGCGCGCACGCUCGCCGCCGCCGCCAGUCGUGAUGUGAAGGAGGCGCCCGCGCUGCCCGUGCUGCCAGGGCUGCCGACGGCGCCCGCGCAACCCGCCGACGUGCCCGAGCGUCUAGACUCUUACAGCUACGUCAACGAGCUGGUGCGCGUGCUGCACUACCUGCACACCGCCGAACAACUAGAGGUGGCGGAGGAGCUGGUGAACACGCUCGGCGCGUCGCUGUCUCCGCUCGUCGCCACCGACAGCUUCGACUCCAUGACUCUUAUUAAGAUGGCAUGCGUAAUAAUAUGGGCGGUGCAUUCCACCACGGAAGACUUCUCGCUAGAAGCCAGCGCCUUGAGCGAAGCAGAAGCGACGGCGGCGCAGCUGGCUUCAUCGCUCGCGGCGGCUUCGCUUCUGUCGCUGCUCCUGCCCGUCUAUACUUCUGAUGAACUUCCUCAGAAGGCCUUGCCAGCGCUGAAGGUGUGGCUGCAGUGGCUGGUGUCGUACCCGAAGGCGCUGGGCGGCGGCGGCUGGGCGGCGCGCCCGCAGCUGUGGGCGGCGCUCGCACACACACUCAACAAACUCGCCGCGACGAGCGACACCGACAACAAGUAUGCUUCGGUGCCCCUGCCUGAAGACGAGGAACUUCACGGCUUCGUGCCUUUGGAGGAGGGGUUCGAAGGGCUCAAGUUCGUGAGCCACAGCGAUUGGGACUACGCCAAGGUGCCCGACGUCGAGCCGAGCGAUGAGGACGUCGGUUCAGCGGGUGUAUCGAGUCUGUCUCUAAUCGGAGAGCCGGAGCUGGAGCAGCGGGUGCGCGCCGGGCGCCUGCUGCGGCUCGGGCGGCGGCUGGCCGAGCGACACCCCUCGCACCUCUCCUACACUACAUCAGCGGAGGGCGAGCUGACGUUUGCGGCUCACUCGGUGGACGGCGCGCAGCUGGCGGCGCUGGUGGCGCGCCUGCAGCCGCCCGCCGCGCGCACGUCGACGCCGUCGCCGCUGCCGCCACCGCCCGUCAUCAUCUCCGAAGCGGACUUCAGGGAAAAGGUUCGCGAGAAACGCGUGGGCAUUUUGAAGCCGCAGGGGUCUCUGGAACGCGCGCGGGAGGAACGCGCGCUCGCCACCACGCUAGAGGAACCGGAAAGUGAGAAUAGCUCGGAGGGAAGCAAGUCCGAGGACAAGAAGGAAGCGCGCAAGGCGCGGGUCAACAUCGCCAUGGCGGCCAUCAUGCGGAAGCAGGAGGAAACUAACAAACAGGUCAAAUUCGUGACUCCACCGCCAACUCCAGAGUCGUUGAGUGAACCUUCUGAGAGCCAAGGCAGUGAGACUCCAAAAGACGAAACACCAAAAGUCAUACAACCGAAGGCCAUAAAAAGCCUCGCCAAUAUACCUGUCGGUAGGAAAACCGGCGGAAUUCUCUCUUUGAAAGACAAAUCUGCCGGAUAUCCGCAUCUGCAGAACACAGAACCGGAACCCAAGAAGCCUGAAAAGGAAGAGAAAAAAGAAGUUAAAAGUAACCAAAGUAGCAACGCCAACUCGCAAAAUCACCAGCAAAAGCGUGAGCAAGCAACAAAUUGGCCUAAUCCAUCAGCGCCAAGUUUCAACGAAACGCCGAGGAUGACAAUACAGAAGAAUUAUGGUAUACAAAACGUAGGAAUGAACUACAAUCCUUGCUACCAAAUGCCGAGUCCUAACAGCCAAGGCAUCAGACUGCCUGUCGUCAACCCCAAAGAGAUCGAUGUCAGAACCGCGGCGCUACAGAAACAGAAUUCACGCCAAGAUCUAUUCCAAGACGGUCAUAAGUUCGCCAACCAGGUCUAUCAGUUGUCGGGCGACAAAAAGAACUUUAUGAACGAUCUUCCCCCGCGAUUUGCGAAUCAGUACCGCUAUUGGCAGAACAGUCAGGACACCCAAUACAUUGACAACAAGUUCAGGGACGACAACUUAAAAAACGUCAACAUGUCAACGUUCAACGCCCAACAGCAGCAACAACAACCUCCGCGACAAAAUUGGCAACCGCAACAAAACGAAAGCUUCCAACAACCAGCGUCGUGGUGGAAACCGGAAAACCAAACCAAUUUCAACCCGCAACCGUUUUCCGCACCUCCCAUGAAUUACUAUUCAAGUUUACCUACAAACAUGCCAAAUCCGUACACUAAUAUGCAGUUUAAUCAAGGUCAAACUUUGCAGAAUAUAGGCCAGAACGCACCGAACAUGGUGCAAAAUAUACAAAAUUUGAAUCUGGGGCAAAGUAAACCAGACUUAGCGCCGAGUUACGUUCAGUCAGCGAUAGGUCAACCUCAAAUACAGACUUUGCAAAACUUGGUAGCGUCUCCUAACUUUAACUCCACACUGAACAGCUUCGCCCCGUACGCGCCCGCUGUGACCUACGACGCGUCCAUGUACCCGCAAUUUAAUAAACUGGGAUACCAACCCAUGCCGAUGAAAAUGAUGGAUAAACCAAAUUAUCCGGGUGCUAAGGAACUAGAUGUCGGACUGAAUUAUGGCGCCAACGUUUUGGAACUGCAAACUAGAAAUUACGAAACUUUUGGCGCCGAAGGUGGUGCUAUGAAGCCUUCGGAAGACGCCGCGGGCGUGUCAGCGGCGGGCGAGGGCAGCACGUACUCGCUGUUCAGCGGAGCGCCCGACGCGCCCGCCUGGCCGCCGCGCUCCCCACACCAGUCGUUAUGGUCUGGCCCCGGGCCUUCCCCCCUCGAGCGCCUCCUGGAGCAGCAGAAGCAAAUGCAGCAGCCCCCCGCGCCGCAGUGACACACUUAACGCGUACUCUGUCUGUGGUUUCUAUUGGGUCUAUGUUCUACGGUCAUAAAUCGUAGAGUCCUUUUCAUGAAAGAAGUCCCUCUGCUAAACCUGAAAUAAAAGAGGCAGCGCAUAUUAGCGCUGCGUCUGGGGGACUUUUGUAUUCAUGAAAAGGACUUUAUACAUUGUGGAAAAACAAUAUAUAUUCGUUCAAAUAACUAUUUGAACAAUAAACAAACUUUAUAUAUCUAAAUGUAAAUUCCUGAGUGUUUUUUGUGUUUAGUGACAAUAUGUUUCGAAUUUGUCGCUACCUUUUUCUCUGUCUCAGUCUAACACGAUACAAAAGAUAGAGAGAGAGACAGAAACGAAUUCGUAACUCGUGAUGCCAAAUUGUGAAUACUUCAUUCAUAUAAGCCCGACAGCUCGUUUGUGCAAAAUUGCGAAUAUAUUGAGGUGUCUAGUAAAAAAAAAUCGGUUGUCUGUAAAGUUGUUUUACUGACAACGUCAUAAAAAAAUACUGAUGCAAUAGUUGCAUCUUUCAAAAGAAAAUGUUCGUUUUUCUAAAAUACUGUUUAAUAAUAAUAUACUUUUAUUUCUUGUAAAAAAAAGUUGGCAACCCUAGAUCGAGGGAAUGACGCAUGACGUCAUCUUUUUUCGAGUGUGCAGCCGGCUCCAUCGAAUUAUAAGACGUUGUCACGUCAAUAAUAAUUUGAACCCGGUAAUAAAUCUGUAUUUUUACAGCAGUUCAAGCAAGUAAGUAACAUUCAAUACUAUAAUCAAUCUGUACAAGUAGAUGGGUUGCUAACCUACGUCAUUACUCAUAUGGACAGACAGACAGUCAAAAUAACAAUGACACUAAGAUUUUUUAAAAGAUUAAAAGGAGAUAAAUGAGAAUGUCGUCUUAGACUGAUUUCAGACUAGCGUAUUUUUUGCGCGUAUACGGUCGUUUAAACAUACGCGCUUUUACGCGCUUCAAAAAACCGGACUCGCGUAAACGGGCAUAUUUCGGCGUGUUCGCUCGAACCAGCGCCGGCCCGAAGUAAAUUUUAGAAUGGAGCGAGAUCCAAUUAUGGUGCCUCUCCUGUUUGCUCCUAAUAUAUACCCAGGGCCGGCCCGUCCAUACGGCGAACGGAGCAGUCGCUCCAGGCGCCAAAUCCUAGAGAGCGCCUAAAUGAUAAUCCUCAACCGUAGACGGUACUGCGUCUGAUAUUCAGUUGGUCACCCCAGAGUAUGGUCGAGAUCUUCGCGUUCCAUUCUUACUUUACACUCAUAAUUUGGUAUAGGUAUUUACAUAUUAUUAGAAACCAUGGAACAAACAGGAGAGGCGCCAUAAUUGGAUCUCGCUCCAUUUUAAAAUUUACUUCGGGCCGGCGCUGUAUAUACCUAUACCAAUUGUGAGUGCAAAGUAAGUAUGAAACGUGAAGAUCUCGGCCAUACUCUGGAGUGACCAAUGUUCUUUAUCAUUUAGGCGCCCUCUAAGAUUUGGCGCCUGGAGCGACUGCACCUUUUACCAUAUGCCCGCCCUGCUCGAACCGGUGGUGUCGUGGCAGUUUCAACAUGGAUUCUGACGUAGAAACGUUACUAUUGGCGUCGCCUGAGUCGACUGAGACGACGAAAAAAAACGCGCAUAUGCGAGCUUAGAAGCGCGUCAACGCUCGUACGAGUAGAGUGUGUGCCAAAAAGCGCGCCUAUACGCGCCUACAUACGGUUCUAAAAACAAGCUCGUACGCGCGUAUAAAACGCUAGUCUGUAACCGCUCUUAUAGAUAGGUAAUUGAAAAUAAUUGUCCAUAAUGACAAUGCCAAGCAAAUUCUUUGUAGCUGUCGUGCUCAGAUGUGAAAUUAUUUUUUGUACUUUGUUACAAAAAAAUAAACUGUAAAUUAGAUGUCGUUUUCUACUUAUACUGUAAAAAACAAUCUUAUUGUAAGCUGUACCUAUGUAGUUGAUGUAUUGUAAAUUUUCGGGAUUUUAUGAACACUAGUAAAUAAAGAUGUUCAUAUGUGUAAUUUUUUGUUUGGUAUUAAGCUCUAUUUAAACUGAGUAUGAUUAUUUGAAAUAUGUAUAUUAAAAAAAACAAACAAACAAUAAAAGUGAAUAUUUUUGAUAACAUUAUAAUCAAUAGGAAUAAUUUGAAAAUAGUUUCAAAAACUAAUAAGCACGCUUUUAACCCGCACUAAAAAUUACUUUUGGAUUUAGGUCACGUGAUAAUUUUUUUCGUAUCCCAUUCAGCAAACACUUUCAUUUAAUACCCAUAUCAUGGGGGUUCCUUUUUAAAUAGCUAAUCUGCCAUGUUGGAUUUAAGUCACGUGAUAUUUUUCGUAUUCCUAACAGCAAACGCUUUCAUUUGAUACCCAUAUCAGGGCUAUUUCAAACAGCCAGUCCGCCAUCUUGGAGAGGCCGCCAUAUUGGAUUUGUAAUGACGUUUCUUAGCUUGUCAUGUAUUGUCAUCAGAACUCAGAGCGUGUGCAAAAUUUCAUCCUAACCGAAGACCGGGAAGUGGGUCAAAUUAAGAUUCCAAGAUUUUCUUACAUACAUAGAUAAAAAGUGAAGCCAAUAUAAAGCGUGUAAAAUACAUAUUAUAUCACGUAUCAAAUUGUGUAUUAAAUUACUUAAAAUGUAAAGAGAACUUCAUACAAGGCGCAUAAUCACUUCUUAAACUUAUGAUAUUGUGGGGGUGGCAGCGAUGUGAAGUUUUAAGGUUAAAUAUUCUGAUAGCUGAUAGAACUUACCUUUACAGGUCCAAUACAUGAUGACUGAAGCACAGUUAAAAAAUAUCAUUGAUAUUGGUUCAGCUGUUGUGAAGGAUUUACAUGUACAUUAUGUGUAUUUAUUUCAUUUAGGUUCGCAAUCACAAUAUUUACUAGUGUUCUAACGUAAUAAAUGUUGUUUGUAUAAACAUUGUUCUAUGGUAUAGUGAUAGCAAAUUUUCCACUGUGGGACAUUUUGUAAUAAAGUUAUAUUUGUUAUA